GGGCUUGCUUGCUGACCAGAAAAGCUAUUAAAACCCGCGUGAAUGAUUCCUCGUUCGGAGAAGACCAUCCGAUUCAUGGAAAGAAGGCGAAGAGAUUUUGAUUCAGCGUUUUAGAUAUUUUUCAAAAUCAUAGCAACACCUCUCUUGAGAUGGAUUCAAAGUCAUAUGUUGAGCCAGUGGAAAUUAAGGAGGUCAAGCUAAAGGAGAUUGAUAAAAGCUUGGACUGUAUCGUUCAACAGAUCCAUGAAGAUACACCUGACAACAAGUUACAAGUUAUGAUACAUGUUGAGGAUUCUAUUUCUGGAAAGGAAACUACUGUGGGAAAGAACAGGUGGGUUGCAAAAAGCAAAGUGAAUAAAGAAUUGCAAAAGUCGCAUAUGCACGACAAUGGAAAGUUACUAGUUGAGUUCGAUAAUGUUCCAGAUAUCUCUGUUGUUUCUCCAAAAGAAAAUUUAGAAACGCUCUCAUCUGAUCGCCUGGAGAAGUUAAAGUUGCCCCCACCACCAGUUAGAAAAAUUGCAAGUGAUCAUGUAACUUUAAACAUACCAAUUAACAAAAAUAAUCCCAUGUUCCCAUUGUAUGAGGAAGAAGGCUGUUUCUCAUUCCAAGCAGUCUCCAAUGUCCUCGAGGACAAGCCAUCUGGUAAUUUUUCUAUGAAGAAGUGUGCUUUGAUAAAUACCAUUGGUGCUCAAAAUAUGGUACGAAAUACUCAUGAAGACAGUACUUCAGAUACUUCAGAUGUACGCUGUGAUGAAGAAAUUAUUGUCUGGCGAAAGAGGGGAAAUUCUUUUUCUUCAAUGAGAAACCGUGGCGUUGACCAUGCUUCUUCAUUGGGUUUGAUGAACAAAGAUAAGAAGCUGGAAACAAUGAUCAUGCAGCCAGAAAGAGCAGUAAUUAGUUUGCCCAGACAAAAGUUGCUUGUCCUUGAUUUGAAUGGACUGCUUGCAGAUAUUUUGUCUGAUCCUCGUAAAGCUCAUAAGGCUGAUAUAAGGAUCAGAGGAAAAUCACUUUUUAAAAGACCCUUCUGUGAUGAUUUUCUGAAGUUUUGCUUUGAAAGAUUCAAUAUUGGUGUCUGGUCCUCUAGAGUAAGGUAUAAUGUGGAUAGUGUGGUUGAUUUUCUCAUGGGAGAUUUUAAACAAAAGCUCUUAUUUUGUUGGGACCUAUCGAAAUGCACCACUACUGGGUUUAGGACCAUUGAGAAUGUGCAUAAACCUUUGGUCUUAAAAGACUUGAAGAAGUUGUGGAACAAAGAGGACCCUGAUCUUCAAUGGGAGAUAGGAGAGUAUACUUCAUCAAAUACGUUACUAAUUGAUGAUUCUCCUUACAAAGCCUUGUGCAACCCGCCAUACACUAGUAUCUUUCCCCAUCCCUACAAUUUCUACAACAGACACGAUAACUCUUUAGGGCCUGGAGGAGAUCUGCGUGUGUAUUUGGAAGGGCUGGCUAUGUGUGAUGAUACCCAACAAUAUGUACGAGACCACCCAUUUGGCCAGGCGGCUAUAUCAGAGAAACAUCCUGAUUGGAAGUUCUACUGGCAGAUAAUAAAAAAGAUUCCAAAUCAUUCUUCUUUGACCUAAUGAUCAUCAAAUGCUCUUGACACCAUAUGAUCAGAGAUUUUAAAUAAUUUGAUACAAAUAGGAAUGACAUCAGGGACACUAUGUGAUAUACAUCCAAGAAAAUUGCCAAAGUUAGAAACCAUGUGAAAAUCACUGCCUUUGUUAUCUCACGAGUGACUUCAAUUUUUAAGUUUGACUACCAGUUACUUGUUGGUGUGUAAA